GUGCUGACGCAGUGCCCUGCCCUGAGAUAUGAGGGGACUGAACAGAGGCUUUGCAGCCCGGUUGGGUGUGUGGUGGUGAGGCUGGAACGGGGCUGUGCCAGCUCCAGAGCUUUUCCUGAGUAGGCAGGUUUGUGAACCUGAACUGCAUUUGCCCUGCGAGCAGCAAGGUGACAGCAGCAACCACAGCUCGGCGCCGAAUUCGGGGUGACCUGGCUGACAUGAAGGGACCUGUCCCCAUCCAGGACGCCAUGGCAAGUGACACGGAGCCCUCCAACACCAUCAAACUGCUGCACCUGCUUUUCCUCUCCACCUCCUGGGGAAUGCAGGUCUGGGUGACCUUCGUGGCCGGGUUUGUGAUGAGCAGGCACCUCCCUCGCCACACCUUUGGCUCCAUCCAGCGGGAGCUCUUCCCCUACUACUUCCACAUCAGCUCCACCUGUGCCUUCCUCAACCUGACCCUGUUUGCCAUGUCCCACCCCAGCGAGCGGCUCGGCGAGGAGCACAAGGCCCAGAUCAUCAUCUUCCUCGUGUGCAUCGCCGCCUCUGUGCUGAACACGCAGUGCUUUGGGCGGGUGGCCUCUGACUUGGUGGCUGAGCUGCAGCAGCUGGAGAGCAGCCACGGGCUGGGGCAGGAGCUGGGGCUGGCAGCCCGCGAGCCCCGCAGGCGGCUCCGUGCCUCCGACCCCAGCUACGGGCGGCUGGCGCGGCGCUUCGCCCUCCACCACGCUCUGUCCUCGCUCUGCAACCUCCUGUGCAUCCUGUGCAACGGGCUGAGCCUGCACCACCUGGCUGGCCAGCUCUCGGCCCUCUGAGGGCACUGCCAGCUGGUGGCUGGGCAGUGCCCACCCCCUGUAAAGCAACCCCCAGCUUUGGGCAUUAAACUGCAGCAUCCUCGGGUGGAGAGACUCUCGCUGUGUUGAAAUUUAGGAAUAGUGAAAUGGAAGUGUUUUCUCUAGAGCUGCCUGCAGCCAGCCUCUGUGAUGGAAGCAGGAGUGCUUUAUGGCUGAACAGCUUUCUAAUGCCCUGUGCACUGGCUGUGUCUACAGCUGCAGCGUGCUUUAGACAUUUUACAUUCCUGCAGAAGAGAAAGAAAUGAGAAAUUGAGAAUUACUUCUGAUUAAAAGCCAAAUGCUAAUACAGAAGUGCAGAAGACCCUGCCUGUUGG